AUUUGCACAGAAUUUCACACUCCACUUAAUUCGUCACCCCAUGAACUCCCUUUCUUCUCUAUAUUUAUAUUUCAAAACAUAUUACAUACUUCAUUGACUAAAAUCAUCUACCUGAAAAGAUCAUCAAUUUCAUGGAAACUUGUGAAGAUAAUAAAGGGAUGAAUGAGCCUCUCUUAAACACUCCCUCCAAGCUUCAAGGUGGUCUUAGAACUUUGCCUUUCAUUUUAGCAAAUGAGGGAUUUGAGAGAGCUGCAUUUUAUGGGCUGGAGCCCAAUAUGAUAGUUUAUCUAAUGGGAAAUUAUGGAUUGGAAAUGGCAACUGGAUCCAACAUUCUUUUCUUGUGGGCUGCUGCUACCAACUUCACCCCUAUUUUGGGCGCUUUUCUUGCCGAUUCUUAUGUGGGCCGCUUCCCAAUGAUCGCAUUUGGCUCCAUUUUUAGUCUCUUGGGGACGAUGCUUCUAUGGUCAACAACUAUGAUCCCAGGAGCAACGCCAUACAAAUUCGAAUCCGUCGCUAACACUAACCCAUCUCCAACACCAUUUCAGCUCAUCCUUCUUUUCUCUUCUUUUGGCCUAAUGUCAAUUGGCACAGGUGGAAUUAGGUCUUCUACAUUAGCCUUUGGGGCAGAUCAAAUAGCAAGAAAUGGAGUAGACGAAAAUGCAAAACCGAAUUGCGUUGGAUUAUUAGAGAGCUUCUUCAAUUGGUACUAUUUUUCGGUCUCAAUAUCGGUUCUCUUUGGUCUUACAUGUGUUGUGUACAUCCAAGAUCAUGCAGGGUGGCAAGCUGGCUUCGGAGUUCCUACCUUGCUUAUGUUACUUUCGGUUGUUUCGUUCUUCUUGGCUUCUUCGUUUUAUGUCAAGGUGAAGCCUCCUAAGGCUAGCUUGCUUACCGGAUUCGCUCAAGUCAUCGUUGCUUCUUGGAGGAAUAGGCAUUAUGAGUUUCCAAGCGAGUUGAAUGUGGACAAAGUUUAUCAUGUUGUGAAAGGAUCUACGCUAGAAUUUCCAAGCGAGAAACUAAGGUCUCUAAACAAGGCGUGUAUUGUGAUGGACCCUAGACAAGACCUCACCCCAGAUGAAAUGGUGGUUGAUCCAUGGCGUUUAUGCACAAUAGAUCAAGUUGAAGAUUUCAAAUCAAUCAUCAACUUAAUCCCAUUAUGGUCAACCGGAAUCAUGAUGGGUGUGCAUGCAAACACAACUUCAUUUCGAGUCCUUCAAGCAUUCUCGAUGGAUCGACAUAUCCUAACCCCAACCUUCGAAAUUCCUCCAGGCUCCUUUGGUACCUUUGGACUAAUCACAUUGAUGUUUUGGCUCAUCCUUUAUGAACGUGUUAUCAUCCCUAUGGCGUCCAAGGUCAUGGGCAAACCCGUACGUUUGCACGUUAUGACACGAAUGGGAAUUGGAUUACUACUCUCAUUUGCGUGCUUGUUGGUGUCCGGAAUUGUGGAGAGUAUCCGUCGAGAUAUGGCAACUAAAGGAGAAAUCUUAGAAGAUAAAACCUCUUCCACGGUGCCUAUGUCGGCAUUGUGGCUAGUGCCACAAGUUUGCCUCUUUUGCUUGGCCGAAGCCUUUUCAGCUAUCGCUCAAAUCGAGCUUUUUUACUCGGAAUUCCCUAAGAGUAUGUCUAGUAUAGCAUCAAACCUUCAAGGGCUAGGCAUGGGUAUUGCAAGCUUAUUUGCAAGUUUAAUCAUAACUGUUGUUGACUGUGUUACUAAAAAAUUUGGGAAGGAGAGUUGGGUAUCUAGUGACAUUAAUAAGGGUCACUAUGAUUACUAUUAUUGGAUCCUUGCUGGUUUGAGUUUGCUUAACUACAUAUAUUUUUUGUUUUGUAGUAAGGCAUAUGAGCAAGGAAAAAGGGAUUUACAAGAUACAAAGGGGAUUAGUGAUGCAUGACUACAUAGUACAUACUCUUUUUAGAUAAUUAAACUUUGUUUAGUGAAAUUAAUGUAGAUAUAUUUCUAUUAAUUUUCAUAAAAGAAAAAUUUACUUAGGCCUAUAAAAAUAUAUAUGUACUUCAAUGUUUGGGUAGGUAUAACUUGUUGAUCGUAUUCCUAAAUGUAUGUGACAUGAAUCAUGGGAUGGACUUCUUUGUGGCUAUUAAGAUAAGACUUGCUAUGUUUUUCAUACAAGUAUUUGGUAACUGGUUAGAACUAUCGAUGAUCAUAGUGAAUGCCUUGUGAAGUUGUGAUA